AUGGAGCGUCUGAACUGGGUAUCCAGCGCCGAUCCUAAGCUUGCCAGUGCAUCUGCGUGCGCGUUCUCUGCUCGGGGCACUUGCUGGAUGGUGAAGGUGGGAAACGCCUUCAAUAACUCUUGGACUUUGUCAAGGUACAGGAUCAUCCUCGGGUGCUUCGCCACGUACUCUCCUAAGGCUUGA